AUGGCACCAUUAAAAUUUGAAAAACAACAAAGAAAACAAAAAUUCCUUUUAUACCCAUUGAAGAAUAUAGAAAACUGGCAAUAAAUGGGCCUAUUAUAUAACCAAUUCCAUACAUUGUUUCAAUAUAACCGAUAUACUUAUCUCUUUCAUCUUGAUAAAUGUUUUAGCUUUAUUCCAGCAAGAUAUAAUAUGUUACAUAUUACUCUUAAGAGAAAUGCAAGAAGUAUUGAAUUCUUUUUGCCAAGUUUUUUUAAGAAAUUGCUAGUUAAUGGCUAACUUAAUAAACCUGCAAUGCUCUUUUAAAUAGAAUGCUCAUUGAUUGAUGCAAAAACUAUAAGUACUUCCUAUCUUAGGCAUUUCAGUGAGCUAGAAAUGCUUUUAGAUAAUUAUGUCUUUGUCAUUAAUAAUGCGCCUUAAAACUUAAGUGAAAUUGCUGAGGAUAUGGGUUAUGGAUAUGUACAUUUAACAAAUACAUCUGAUGAGCAGAUUCAGGUUGUAAAAAAAAUUAUUUAAGGUCUCCCAAAAAGUGAUGCUGAUCUAUAUUUCACCAAUCCAGAAAUUAUAUUAUAGUACUAUACGUUGCUGAAUAAAGUAAGAGAAAUUUUCAAUGAUAACAAUAUUCCAUUUUGGCUUGAGGGAGGUGCUCUUCUAGGGGCAGUUAGAAAUUAGGGAAUGAUCCCUUGGGAUACAGAUAUAGAUAUUGCUAUGAGAUAAGAAGAUCAGUAUAAACUUGAAGAGUUAGCAAAACACCUACCGAAUAAAAUAAAGAAAGCAAGUUUCAUCUUCCAAAUUAUAGAAUAUAUAAUCAAGAUGGAUAAUAAACUAAUGUAGAUUACCAAUAAACUCAUGGAAUCUGGCUAUGGAAAUGGCCUUUAAUUGAUAUCAACCCUUAUGUAUUAAAAGAAAAUUUAUACAGAAUGCCUGGGGAAUAUGAAUAUAUUUAUCCUAACUUUUAUUUUACACCUGAUUAACUAAGUUUGCCUUAAUCAACAAUUAAAUUUGGACCUUAUAUUAUGCCUUGCCCUCAUAAUCCAUUAAGCUAUCUUUAAAGAGGAUAUGGAGAAGACUGCUUGUUAGUUGUUAAUUGGUUGUAGUGUUUAUUCCAAAGAAUAGUUUAUUCAAAUAAUGAAAAGAGUGAUCUCAUUUUUUCUUAAUGGUUAAAAAUAAGAAUUGACAUCAGAAUAGCUAAGAUGUGUCAAAUUCAUUAAUUUAUUUCUUGAUUCAAAUGUUUAGGAUUGGGAAUGCUGGUCUUCCUUAGUUUUGGAUAUGACUGAUAAAUAAAAUGAUAAGCAAAAGCUACUUGAAAAUAUUGAAUUAAGAAAAGAUGCUAUAGAUAAACUGGAGAUGUUCAAUAUUUAAAUCAAGUCUCAAAAUAUUAUUUUAUCUUGA